AUAUCAGGAGGUUUAUGAUGAAAUCUUAGAAAAUCCCAGGAUAGUCUUCAAAAGUCAUGUAUACACAGCAACUGGUGCUAAAGCAAAGGUCAGAAUUAAUCGGGGCUCUGUGCCGAGGUGGAUCUUCAGAACCGCUAGACUCUGUACUAGACUUACUGCUUUCUUGGGACAUACUCAGUUGGGAAGAAUAUCAAAACAUCCAAGGACUUGCUAAACCCCUAUGCACUAAGUGCAGAGACCUUCUGGACUUGGUCUACAUCAAAGGAGAGGAGGCUUGCAGUCUCCUGCUGGUGGCGUUUGACCAGAUUUUACCUGACGCUCAAAAAUCAGGACUAUGCUUUGGCAAAGGUAACUCAGGGCGAAGGGAACCUAGACCUUCCACCAGUGCUAGUCAGACUUUGCUGACAGACAGACCAGCACUGGUUAGGAAGAUUCGGGAUCAUCUUGAUGGGGCGCUGGAUGCACUGCUGGAAUCUGACUGCUUUGCUUCAGUAGAUUGUGAUGAAGUGCUGUUACCUGUAUACACACCUUCACAAAAGGUAAGAAAACUACUCGAUCAAGUGAGGUUUAAAGGAGAGAACGCUGCCGGUGUCUUACUGCAAUAUCUACACCACAUCGAUGUGAAAUCAGAACCUGUAAAAAAAGAAAAGCAGCUUCCUGAAGAGUGUCUCCUCUACCGGACGAAGCUGUGCAGUUCUGUCUCGGCUCAGUCACACUUCCUCAGCACUUACGGUGGAACUGGAAGGUUUUCCCUGGAUGAUAUCUACACAGAGGGUGUUCUAGAACUAGUCCAGUCCGACAGACAGGGUCUAACUCUGAGUCUUCCAGAUGUGGUUGGUCUGGUUGGGACUCUGAACAAGGACGCUGAUACAAUACUGGUUUCGGGCGAGGCAGGUACAGGUAAGAGUACCUUGCUGCAGAGGCUUCACCUGUUGUGGGCCAGAGGUAGCUUGCUGUCGGACGUUCUUCUGCUGUUUCCUUUCAGCUGUCGCAAACUGAACGCUGAGCAGCGAGCGCUUUCUUUGAAGGACCUCCUGUUCCUGCACUGCUGCUGGCCAGAUCGGGGUCAAGAUGAAAUUUUCCAGUUUAUACUGGACCACCCACACUCGGUCCUGUUUACCUUCGAUGGACUUGAUGAGUUUAGGCAGCGUUUCACGGACGAAGAGCGCCUCUGCUGCCCCACUCAGCCAGCUCCUGUAUCCACCCUGCUUUUUAAUUUGCUCCAAGGUACCUUAAUGAAAGGGGUAAAGAAGGUGGUAACCAGCAGACCUGAAGCAGUGGGGUCGGUUUUGAAACAGUAUCUUCGCAAGGAAGUUCAUCUGAAGGGUUUCUCUCCUGUGGGAAUUGAUCAUUUUGUGAGGAAACAUCAUGACGAUCCUAAUGUAGCUUGUCAGGUUAUAGAGUCUCUGAAAGCCAACACAGCGCUGCUCGGGCUCUGCCAUAUUCCCGUCUUCUGUUGGAUUGUGUCGAAGUGUUAUAAAGAGCUGCUUGGAUGUGGGGAAGGAGCUCCUCACACCAUCACUGACGUCUACCUCAUGGUUCUGAAGCAUUUCUUUCAGAAGAAGAUGCCUCAGGAACAGAAAUCCUUGGGGAAGGGAUGGCUUCAGGAACAUCUAGAAACAGUGAUGAGACUUGGAAGGUUAGCGCUGGAAGGUCUGGAGACUUCUUGUUACAUGUUUCCAGAGCCAGAAUUGCAGAAAUGUGGCAUCACGGAGCAGGACAUCAACCUGGGCUUCCUUAUACCAUGUAAGGACAUGUCAGACUCUACGGACUGCAAACACUUCGAGUUCCUGCACGUCACCUUGCAGUGUUUCUUCAGUGCUUUAAAUAUCGUUCUCAACACCAAAGGUCACCGCUCUGUGAUCCCAAAGCUUUUCCAUUCUCAGUGCAAACAGCCCCGAGUGCUUAAUCACGUGUGUCUCGGACGCUGCAUCAACCACCGUGGAGCGGCUGAUCCCAACGCAGCCGAGACCCUAAACCAGCAGAUCGCCGCGAAGUUCGUCGCAGGACUUCUGUCGCAGCACCAUCGCAGCCAGCUUCUACAGUCCUGUCCGGCCGCCACACUUCAUCAAAAGUCGAAGCAGGUCAUGAAGUGUUUGUCCAAGGGCAUUCAGAGGCACUUCAAGUCCAUCCCACAACCCGUGCAGGGUGAGAAGAAGAGCAUGCACGCCAUGCCCAGUUUUGUUUGGCUCAUCAAGUGCAUCUACGAGAUGCAGGAGAGCGAUAUCGCCAAAGGUGCCAUGGCCAGACUGCAGGUGGAGCACCUGAAGCUGACGUACUGUAACGUCGGGCCGGUGGAGUGCACCGCGCUCGCCUAUGUUCUCAGACACCUGCGGCAUCCCGUCGGAAUCCAGCUGGACUUCAACACGGUGGGGGAUGUGGGAUUGGAACAGCUCCUGCCAUGUCUACACAUCUGUCACUCCCUCUACUUGAGGAACAAUAACAUAUCAGAUGAGGGAAUACGCAAGCUUGUGGAGAAGGCAGUACACUGCGAAAGCUUUAAGAAAGUGGCGUUGUUCAACAACAGACUAACAGAUGACUGUACAAAGCAUUUUGCUUGGCUUCUUAAGACCAAGAACUUUCUUGCACUAAGACUUGGGAACAAUAAGAUCACAUCAGUGGGGGCACAGCAGUUGGCAGAGGGGCUCAGAUACAACAAGUCGUUGCAGUAUCUUGGGCUGUGGGGAAAUAAAAUUGAAGACAAAGGCACUGAGGCUUUAGCUGAUGCACUGAAGGACAGCACUUCUUUAAUAUGGUUAAGCUUAGUGGAAAAUGGUGUAGGUAGUGCAGGAGCGUGUGCUCUUGCAGAGCUCGUCAGGAAGUGCACAACGCUUACGGGACUCUGGUUAAACCAGAACUGCAUUGGCAGGGACGGUGUGGAGUGUCUGAUUAAGGCUUUGAAAGAUAACACCACUGUUAAGGAAGUUUGGUUGAGGGGAAACAAUCUGAGCCCGGAGGACGAACUUGAACUUAGUCAGCAGGAAAGCAGACUGACCUUCUGAAGAGGAAGCUACACAGUGGUGGCAAUUAUAAGAAAUGUGCAUAUUAGACCUAUAAGACCUGGAUUAUACUUGCUGCUGUGUGUAUACAUUUGCUGCGGGACCCAGGUCUGUAGCGGUGCCAUUGUAGUAAAUUGAAAUACCUCCACUAGCCUUAUCACACCACAAGUAAAUCAGAUUAUAUUAUAUAUUAUAUAGUCUAAAUCACACAACAAGUGUUCAAUCACUUCUUUUUAUUAUUUAAUAUACUUGUAGUGCUUAUAUCCACUUUGAAUUUACACCCAGUGGCUUGUGACUUUAUAUUUAUGC